AUGCAAUAACUUCACCCUAAACUAAGAGCAUUAUCAGUUUAAGAAUAAGGGGAACAAAGAGCCAAAUUACCUAAUAUUCUUGCACCCACAUUUGCAGAUUGGAAAAUUAUUAGUGAUUCUAGGGCUCAUCCUAAGAUUAGCAGGAGGAAUCCUCUAUUUAAAUUUGGCUUGAUUCCACUUAAAAAGGCUGUGACCCCUUAAUCGUGUAUUAAUUAAGAUUCUAAAAAUUUUCGGGAACUUAAAUCAGAGGAACAAAGCCAAAGAACAUAAGAAAUAAUUGUUGAAGGCAGAGUAAACAAAAGAUAAAUAAAUAAUCUUUAAUAAUUUGAAUCAGAAAAAAAAUGUUUUACAUUGCGAAAUAGAUUUGUGAGUGGGCCUAAACAUGCAAAUCAAUUAGUAUACCUUUCGAUAAUAUUUUAAGUUGAUCGAAUGCAAAUAGUUGUUUGAAAAUUAAAAAAAAGCAUUUGAAGAAAUAUUAAAAUAAAACGAUUUAUUUAAUAAAUAUGCUAGAGUAAUAGAUAAGGAAUAAUCCAUGACAAAUUAGAAAAUAAUCUAAAUUUUUAACCUAUAUAAAUGA